UAUAUAUAUAACUCGUGUCACCAUUUCCAAAUGGCCUGCCUGCUUAAAAAAUCCAGCUCCUUUUGACUUAUGGGCUUUCUUCUAAGAACCAUCUUCUUUGCACUAUUUCUUUUUCAGACAAUCCAAUCACAAAAUGAUUGCCGAUUUCAAUCCUGCGGAGAAAAUCAAUUCCUAGUACGGUUUCCUUUCCGAUUGCGAGGCGAAAAACAACCUGAAAGAUGCGGCUACCCUGGUUUUGACUUGAUCUGCACUACUACUACUUAUAACAACAAACGCAAUUCACAGGUACCAUUGCUCAAUCUUCCUUAUUCGGGCGAUUUCGUUAUUCGAGAUAUAAACUAUCUCACCCAAGAAAUCCAACUCUACGAUCCAAACAACUGCCUCCCGAAACGGCUACUAAAUCUAAACCUCUCUUCUUCUCCCUUCUUUUCCGGUUACUCCGAAAACCUCACCUUCCUUAGCUGCCCACCGGAGCAAAUUGCAAACUCCCGUUUCGCGAAAAUCGAUUGCCUCAGCAAUUCCACGUCGUCGGUUUUGGCAACUUCUUCGAUGAAUCUUGUGAAAGCUUUGAGCGAUAAUUGCAGCACUAUUGCAGCUCUCUCUGUGCCGGUUUUGUGGCCGUUGCAAAACAGUAAUGAUUGGCUUUCGUCUGAUCUCAGCGGCGAUCUUAUGUUGACUUGGAAUGUUCCGAACUGCGAAGGGUGCGAGGCGAGAGGUGGCGUUUGUGGAUUCGAAAACGGCACGAGUGAUCGGAUUAUGUGUUACACUGAUCCUAGAACAGGUAACUAAAAUUAUGUUUUCAAUUUAAAUUGUUUUAUGGUAUGAACUUUGAAACUUUGAAC